AUGAUGCGAAAUAUCCCGAAAGCCCAUGUUAAAGUGCAAGAUGUGAAACUCUGGCUCCAGAUGUGGUAUCUCAAAGCGGGAUGUGGUGCUGGCGAGUCCAGCGGCGCGGGCUGGUCGCCCAAUGCGACCGCAGUGGCCUUGGUCAAUGAGUCCGCUAUGCCUAGGGAUUGGAUGAACGUCGAUGCGCCUGCCAGUCCUCCAUACGACAGGAGGCUGUAUAUCCGGGUCGCUCGAUCGUUCGAGGUGAGGUUGAAGGAGUCCCUUCAAACCAAAGGGUAA